AUGAAAGAGGUUGUAAAGAAAGAGGUAAUUAAGUUGUUAGAUGCAGGGAUCAUUUUCCCUAUUACUGAUAGUGCUUGGGUAAAUCUUGUCCACUGUGUGCCCCAAAAGGGUGGCAUGACAGUUGUUGAAAAUGAGAAUAAAAAACUUUUGGCCACUAGGACUAUUACGGGUUGGCGUGUUUGUAUUGAUUACCGUAAGCUUACUCAGGGUACUUCCAAAGACCCAUUGAUCCCAAAGACCAAGAAAAGACCACCUUCACAUGCCCAUUUGGUACUUUUUCUUACCGGCGAAUGCCGUUUGGCUUGUGUAAUGCCCCUGGCACCUUCCAAAGAAAGGAUGUUAGAACGGUGUGAGAGGGCACACCUUGUUUUGAAUUGGGAAAAGUGUCACUUCAUGGUGACCGAGGGUAUUGUUUUAGGACAUAAAGUGUCUAAGGCCGGGAUUGAAGUUGAUAGGGCUAAGAUAGAUGUUAUAGCCAAAUUACCACUGCCUUCCAAUGUGAAAGGUGUUUUAAAGGAGAAGUUGACUAAUUCUCCUGUCAUGGUUGGUUCGGAUUGGGAAUUACCAUUCGAGUUGAUGUGUGAUGCAAGUAAUAAUGCCGUGGUAUACUUUGCUAGUAAGACCUUGAACCCCGCUCAGCAAAAUUAUACCACUACAAAAAAGGAGUUGCUUGCCGUGGCCUUUGCCUUUGAUAAGUUUAGAUCCUAUUUAGUGUUGAGUAAGACCAAUUAUUUCACGGACCAUUCAGCCCUAAAGUACUUGUUUUCGAAGCAAGAUGCUAAGCCUAGACUUAUCCGUUGGAUUUUGUUGUUGCAAGAGUUAGAUAUAGAGAUUAAAGAUAAGAAAGGUGCUGAAAACUUGGCAGCCGACCAUUUGAGCCAUUUAGCUAAUUAUUUGGUUGCAGGUGAGAUACCGAAUGUUUUCACGUCCCAGCAAAAGAAGAAGCUCAUAUCGGAUGUUAAGCACUAUUUUUGGGAUAGUCCAUAUUUGUUUCGUGUUUGUGCAGAUGGUAUGGUGAGAAGAUGUGUAGCUGGAGCUGAGACAAGGGAGAUUCUAGAUGCUUGUCACUAUGGACCAACUGAAGGUCAUCACGGUCCUUUAGUUACAAGUACAAAAGUGUUUGAUGGAGGUUUCUAUUGGCCUACAAUCUUUAAUGAGGCUCAAACUUUGGUAGAGACUUGUGACAUAUGCCAGAGACAAUGA